UACCUCACUAGUACUACUACUAAUACUAGUACUAAUACUAUUACUAAUACUACCAGUACUACUACUAGUACUACUACUACUAGCACUGAUACUAUUACUACUAUUGCUACUACUAGUACUACUACUACUAGUACUACUACUACUACUACUAGUACUACUACUACUACUACUACUACUACUACUAGUACUACUACUACUACUACCAGUACUACUACUAUUAGUACUACUAUUAGUACUACUACUACUACAAGUACUACUACUACUACUAGUACUAGUAUUACUACUACUACUAGUACUACUACUACUACUAGUACUACUACUACUACUAGUACUACUAAUACUAGUACUAAUAAUACUACUACUACUACUAGUACUACUACUACUACUACUACUAGUACUACUACUACUAGUACUACUACUAGUACUAUGAGUACUACUACUACUACUACCAGUACUAAUAACACGACUACUACUACUAGUACAACUACUAGUACUACUAGUAAUACUACUACUACUACUAGUAAUACUACUAGUAAUACUACUACUACUAGUACUACUACUACUAGUACUACUACUAAUACUACUACUACUACUAGUAGUAAUAAUACUAGUAAUACUACUACUCCAUAUACUACUACUAAUAAAAGUACUACUACUUCUACUGCUAUUUCUACUACUACUAGUACUACUAUUACUACUAGUACUACUACUAAUACUACUACUAGUACUACUACUAGUACUACUACUACUCCUAUUACUAAUACUACUAUUCCUACCAAUACUAAUACUACUACUAAUAGUACUAAUAUUAUUACUAGUAUUACUAACACUACUACUACUACUAGUACUCCUAAUAAUAGUACUAAUAGUACUACUAAUAAUACUACUACUACUACUAGUACUCCUCCUACUACUACUACUAGUACUACUACUAAUACUACUACGACUAUUAGUACUACUACUACUAGAACUUCUUCCACUAGUACUACUACUAAUACUAGUACUAAUACUAUUACUACUACUACCAGUACUACUACUAGUACUACUACUACUAGCACUGAUACUAUUACUACUAUUGCUACUACUAGUACUACUACUACUACUAGUGCUACUACUAAUAAUACUAGUAAUAUUACUACUACCACUACUACUACUAUUAGUACUACUACUACUACUAGUACUAGUACUACUAGUAUUACUACUACUACUUUUCUACUA